GAGCAGAGACGUGAGACGCGUCGGUGCUGGGAGCUCCAUCCCCGGUGUUACGGUUUAACAAGCGACCGUGUUAACUGGCUCUGACAGCCCGAGCAGGGGGAAGCUAGCUGAUCAAGUUUGGAGGACAACAACACGGUAGCAACGAUUGGAAACGUCCGCCUAAACACACGCGAGAUAACAUCUUUAGAGUUUUUUUUAAAAUGCAGUGACUGUUAAGUUGCGUUUCCGCCCCGACAGCUCGUUAGUUGCGUGUUUUAGUUGGGCUCCCUGGUGAGCUUCAUUCAUUCAACCUCUGCUGUCUGUAACUCUGCUUUACCGAACGCUGUAAACAGAUAACCUCGUGAGUCAGCUCGUGCUCAACACGGACAUAAACGUUUAUUUUGAAUCCGUGAUUGUUGGCGUUGAUACGUUGCUGAAGUCCGUUGAAAUACAGCACAUCAGUGUGUAAGAUGACGUGUCAACGCUGCAGCCAUAGACCGUAUGCAACGACUGAGCUGACUAAUCUGAUGAUGGGCGUGAACAUCGCAGACACGAGGAGUUAUCACUGUUACUAUUAAUACUUAUGAAUGGUUGUAAAUACUGUCUUUACGUAUUGUAGUCUCUCUGAACGGGCACUCAACUGACCAUAUCAGGGAGGUCAGUAAGUCGUGCAGGGCAGGUAUGGGCUCCAGAAGGUUCAACUGCAUUUAAAUGCCUCCUCUCCGCACGUUUUUGUGCAGCUUUGCUCAGCAACAUCUCAGACUGCGAUGAGACCUUCAACUAUUGGGAGCCUAUGCACUACCUGCUGUACGGCACAGGGAUGCAAACAUGGGAAUAUUCUCCAUUGUACGCCAUCAGGUCGUACGCUUACUUAUGGUUACAUGCGCUUCCUGCUUGUUUGCAUGCCCAUGUUCUACAGACAAACAAGGUGUUGGUGUUCUACUUUGUGCGAUGUGUCUUAGCGUUCUCCUGCUGUGUCUGUGAACUCUAUUUCUACAAGGCAGUUUGUAAGAAGUUUGGUUUGCAUGUGGGCCGUCUGAUGUUGGCAUUCCUUGUCCUGAGCACGGGAAUGUUCUGCUCGUCUGCAGCAUUCCUGCCCUCUUCGUUCUGUAUGUACACAACACUGGUUGCGAUGACGGGAUGGUUUCAGGACUCAACAUCGUUAGCCGUCAUGGGUGUGGCUGCUGGCGCCAUCGUUGGAUGGCCGUUCUCUGCUCUUGUCGGGAUUCCCAUCGCCUUCGACCUGCUGGUGUUAAAAAGACAGUGGAAAGGUUUCAUCACCUGGUCAGCGGUCGCUCUGCUUCUGCUGCUGGUACCCCUCGUGGCAGUAGACUCUUACUUUUAUGGCAAACUGGUCAUUGCUCCACUCAAUAUUCUACUCUAUAAUGUCUUCACACCACAUGGACCUGAUCUGUAUGGUACAGAGCCGUGGCAUUUCUACUUUUCAAAUGGGAUCCUGAACUUCAACCUGGUGUUUGCGCUGGCACUGUUGUCUCUGCCACUCACUGCUCUCAUGGAGACACUGUUACACAGGUUCAAUGUGCAGAACCUGGGCCGUCCAUACUGGCUGACUCUGUCUCCCAUGUAUCUGUGGAUGUUGGUUUUCUUCACCAGACCUCAUAAAGAAGAGCGUUUCCUCUUUCCCAUUUACCCUCUCAUCUGCCUCAGUGGGGCAGUAGCCCUUUCCUCUCUACAGAAAUGCUACCACUUCCUGUUCCAGCGGUACCGACUGGAGCACUACACGGUCUCCUCCAACUGGUUGGCUCUAAGCACAGUCGUAGUUUUCUCAGUGCUGUCACUGUCUCGCUCUGUCGCCCUCUUCAAAGGCUACCACGCCCCUCUGGACCUGUACCCAGAGUUCCAUCGCAUCGCCAAGGAUCCAACUCUUCACUCAGUCCCUGAAGGCAGACCUGUUAUUGUGUGUGUGGGCAAAGAGUGGCACCGCUUCCCAAGCAGCUUCCUACUACCGCACAACUGGCAACUGCACUUCAUUCAGUCUGAGUUUAAAGGGCAGCUGCCACAGCCAUAUGCCUCUGGUCCUCUGGCCACACAGAUCUUACCAGAAAAUAUGAACGACCAGAACCUGGAAGAGCCAACCAGAUAUGUGGAUUUACGGCAGUGCCACUACGUAGUGGAUCUGGACACAGACGAAGAGACGCCACAUGAGCCACGCUAUUCAGCCAACAAAGAGGAGUGGAGCAUCAUUGCCUAUAAGCCUUUCCUUCAAGCCUCAAGGUCAUCUCCUUUCUUCAGAGUGCUCUACAUCCCAUUUAUAUCUGACCAACACACCACCUACAGGCGCUACGUCAUCUUGAAACCUCGGCGGCAAAAGCAGCCUCGUAAGAGGACGCAUGGCUGACCUUUGAACCUUAGCCUGGGAACAAAAGCUUAACAACAGAAAUCAAGUGUAUGUGUGUGUGUCUUGAAGUAUUUAUCAUUUGACGAUAUCAGACCCUUUAAGGACUUUAUUUCUGCCUUUGGGUUCAUGUGUGUGUGUGUGUGUGUGUGUGUGUGUGACUGAAGAUAAAAUGUUAUGUACAGUGUGUGUGUUUGGCAGGUAUCAGCUGGACCUGUAUUACAAACAUUUUUGUGUGUGUUUGUUGUUGUGUAAAUUAAUGUCGUACAGUGGAUAUGCACUACAAGAUUUAACAUGUAUUUUGACAGGCCGUUAAUCACAAUUAUUAUUAUGUUUUCUUUUCAUAUGUCAUUUGAAAAUGUGUUUCUGAAUGAAAAUCUUGUAGUGUUUGUCUGCAAUUGAAGAGUAUCUUAUUGUGGGCUCUUUAUGAAGAGGAAUGAAAGCAAGGAUGUGUUAUUAAUUUCAUUUGGAAUGUUAAUAAAAAACAUGAUUGACUGCUAA